ACGGUACGUCAGAACUCUGCAGCCUAUGGUCCAAUUAUCUGUUGUCAACUCUAGAAUCCUGAAAAUUACACUAUUACAAGCGAAAUAUAACAUUUUAAUCUGUCUGAAGAGAAGUUCCUUACUCAUUAAGUAUUAUGCUGCAGUUCAUGCUCCUUUUCAGCCGACAAGGCAAGUUACGACUCCAAAAAUGGUACACGCCACAUCUAGAAAAGGUCAAGAAGAAGAUUACGAGGGAACUCAUCGCAACAGUACUAACACGAAAACCCAAAAUGUGCAAUUUCUUAGAAUGGAGAGACUAUAAGAUUGUUUAUAAAAGGUAUGCCAGUCUGUACUUCUGCUGCGCCAUUGAAGAGAAUGAUAAUGAACUCCUGACCCUAGAGAUCAUUCACAGAUACGUUGAGCUUCUGGAUAAAUACUUUGGUAGUGUAUGCGAACUAGACAUCAUAUUCAACUUUGAGAAAGCUUAUUUCAUGCUUGAUGAGUUGAUGCUCGGAGGCGAAAUCCAAGAGACAAGUAAAAAGAAUGUGCUCAAGGCUAUACAAGCACAGGACCUGUUAUCCGAGCCUGAUUUUUAUGAAGUUAACUGACCAUUGGAGUUAAAGUCUUCACCCGUAACCAGCAAGAGUUGGAGGCGACCCGCAAUGCCUUGGAAGAAAUGGGUUUCCUGUAGCUCCUACAUGUACUUGACCUUCAACCUUCGACCUCCUCCCCCUUCUCCCAAAUCUCCUCAACCUGCUUGCUCUGUUUGCUGUACAUUGUAGUCAAACCACCGAUAGAAAUGGCCGCCCAAUGGGAGAUAAAACCAUUCCAAUAGUUGGGGUUACGUAAUGAGUCACUGUAUUUUUGUUUCCUGUUGAGCCCCUAAAGGGCGGGGGGGGGGGGGGGAGUGGGGGGCACUCAACUAUAUUAUUGUGCACUACCGCACUGUACAUGGAUGUUGAUAGUUGGAAAAGUUUUCAAUGUUUUUUCUGGUUAAGAUUAAUCGCAAUAUGUGCAUAGCAUGUAAAGGGUGUAAAAACUGCCAAAAAUUUGAUAGAGGCUAUUCUUUUGAUUAAAGAGGAAAUUGUCCUUGAAAAGUUUAAUGUUUCUUGAGUACUUGACUAUGGGUACAGUAUGUCUUGUGGUGCACACUUUUGUUAGGUGUACAAAUAAUUGUGGUUGAGCAUGUAUUCAGCGAUAUAUAAGAGUGUGCCAAUGAUAUACUGUAUAACUUAUUUUUCUGUUGGACAAACCUUUCAUUUAUAGUUGUGAUGUCCCUUGGUUAUACAGAGUACAAUUACAUGUAGAAACUAGCUCAUUGAUACUUCUUAUGCCUCUCCAAGGUUUAUAUGUUAAAAGUGCUUAGAAAUGCAGCACAGGGCCCUGUCUUAUAAAGAGUUGUGAUUGAUCCAAUCAAUCUCGAUUAUGGAAAUCCAUAAAUGUCACUUAACUCUUCAUACAUGAAGAAUGUACACAACAUUCUUUAAGAAACAAAAGUCUAGACUGAUGCCUGCAUCACUUUAAAAAAAAAUGUAAAGGCAUACUUCAUGAAAGGACUUGUCGGAAAUUCUAUCAGACAGAUACCAUAACUGCUUCUCAGCCAAUCAAAAUCAAGGAAAGUUGUCAGAUCUGACAACUUGUCAGAUGACAUUGUUGAUGAAACGCUCUCUAGAUGUAGGCAUUGCUGGCUUUUCAUAGCUUUGAUUGAUCAGAUCAGUCAUAACUCUAUGUAAGAUCAACACAUUACCUGCUGCUGCUUCUGAAUACUGAUGUAUGUACGCUUUUGAAGUAAAAAUAGCUAUUCACCAGAUACUCCAUGGCUUCUUUAUCAAGGAUCGCCAAUCUCUAUCAUUGCAUGAAAAUACUUAGUUUACUUACAUGUACAUGUAUGUACGAGGAGGUGGUAUCAUAAUAUCGUUAAGACUUAACAAAACUUAAAUUAUGAUUCUAGCACAGUUUAGUCACAAAAUCUCACCCUCUGUGCCAUUUGUGUUGAAUUUGGCAUUGCAGUUCAAUAUCCCAACAUGGACAUUCCAAUUGAUGUUUUCAUUACAAUCACAUUAUUUUCUAAGAAAGAGAGGACUGGAGCAUAUUUGUUAUAAAUUUCUACUUAAGAUCAUAGGAGGAAUUCAGUGACUUUUUGGCUAAAUCAGGGACUUGAUCAAGUCAUUUUGUAAAGUUGUGAGUAACUUAAAAAGGCUACAACAAAAUUAUGAAAUGCGCUUCUGGAGAGGUUUAAAGAAAGGGAAUUAUAACAAAUGAUUGUUAUUGUAAAUGCUCUUUUCUUUGUGCUCAUGCAUGAAUGUCAUCCCUUCCUUCAUCCUCUCUUCCAAAUUGUGCCAACUGACAUUUUGAAGAGAAAAGAGAAAAAAAUAUAUUUAUCAGGAGCUUUCAUGAUUUCAUUUUUUUUUCUUCAAAGAUUGUUUAUAUCUAAUGUAUGUACCUAAUGAAACAUUACUAUUCUUCAACAUGAAUGAUGGCAUGUUGUCUUUUAAAUUUGUCUAUAUGCUUGUAGUAUCCAUUUGAGUAAUAGUGGUUCAAUGUUUGAUCCUUGUGAUACACCACAUUUAUAAUCACUAUUUUCCAAUAGAAUUAUGAUUUUGUCUUUCAUCACAUAGCAUAUGAUUUUAUGAUGUCAAAUAUUUAAACAAAUAUUGAUUGUUUAGGGUACUAAAAUUAGUUUAUAUGGUGCAUAUUAUUGUUAGGUAAUAUUUAUUGUAGAGUAACAAAUCUAACGUGAUGAUUAAUUUGUAUGAUUAUGUUGCAAAAUAUCCACAUGAUACAAUGAUAUAUUUUACUAUUGAUAGAGAAGUAUUAUUCAUACUGUCUGAUGUGUAACUUUUGUGUUCUUGAUCUAUUGUUUAUUUUGUAGGAAAACUACACAGUACUACAUUUUUCUGCUUUGACGAGUACAUUUGUCAAUCAGAAGACAGAUAUCAGAUAUAUGUUUGUUUUGUUAUUAUGUCACCCUGUCUUGCAGUGGCACUUUAGGCUAUCAUCAGAAGAUUCACCAUAAGGUCAAACUGCAUGCGACAGAUAACCAUAGUCAAAUCAAGACAUUUGUUUAACAAAUCAUUGCAAAAUCCAAUUUAAAAAACAGGAUGACAAUACUUAAAGGUCAAGUCCACCCCAGAAAAGUGUUGAUUUGAAUAAAUAGAGAAAAAUCAAACUAGCAUAACACUGAAUAUUUCAUCAAAAUUGGAUGUGAAAUAGGAAAGUUAUGACAUUUUAAAGUUUUGCUUAUUUUUCACAAAACAGUGACAUGCACAACUCAGUAACAUGCAAAUGAGACAGACGAUGAUGUCCCUCACUAUUUCUUUUGUUUUUUAUUGUUUGAAUUGUACAAUAUUUCAUUUUUUACAGAUUUGACAAUAAGGACCAACUUGACUGAACCAUAUAGUAUUAAACAAUGCUAAUACCACAUGUUCAGGGAGCAAUUGUUGUUUCACUUGACAUUGAGGAGAAAAUUAGAAUAUUUCAUAUUUCGUGUAAUAAAAUACAAAAGAAAUAGUGAAUGGAUGACUUCAUAUUAAAGUCUCCUCGUUUGCAUACCCACCAGGAUAUGCAUACAACUGUUCUGUGAAAUCAAGUGAAACUUUAAAGUGUCAUAACUUACAUCCGAUUUCGAUGAAAUUUUCAGUGUUGUUUGUUGGAUUUUUCUCUUGUUAUUCAAAUCAACUUUUUGUUGGGAUGGACUUGUCCUUUAAGCAUGACACCUGAAUCAAUGGGGUUUUUUUUAGCUCAAAGUUUCUUUGAAUGCAACCAGAAGCAGUAUAUCAUGUCAGUACUAUUCUUUAGUACUUUUUUCAAAUAUAUUUGUACAUUUUAGCAUUUCUGUUGCUAAUUUUGUUCAUCAAAUGUUUGGAAACUGAUGUGAGAAUAAUUGCCUUUAUAGCCAAGUUUAACUUGAACUUUUUGAAGCAAACCUCUUGGAAAAACUCGAAAAUCUGUAGUCUUCUUGCAAUGAAACCCAGGUGGGUGUUUCAUAAAGCUGUUCGUAAAUUUACGCACGACUGGAACAUGUUCUUAGGUCAUAAAACAAUUACAUAGGGAUAUCACACAGCACAAGAAAGGAUCACCAGUUGUGCGUAAAGUCAUUCGUAUCUUACGAACAGCUUUAUGAAACACCCACCUGUUCUUUGAAAGGGUGAGCAAGAGUUCUGAUGCAACCAGCAACUGGUACUCAACACAUAACAAAUUUCUUGCAAUUAUGCAGUGAAGGUAUGAUAUAAUAUACAUGUAGUGCUUUGCUUGUUAAAAAAAAAUCAGAAGUCAUGGUUUUACUUGCUAAGCAUGCAGUUUAAAACAUUGUUUACAUUUCCAAAAAUGGAGUACAGGUGUAUGAGAAUUUGCAAAUGUGUAACAAGUUUUGGCACAGUAAUUGAUUGAUACACUGGAUUGGCGAACACUAGAUUUCAAAUUUAUGAAUUUGCAAAUGAUAUUUAAAGAUUUGUGCCUUCAUUUGAACAUGAUUUACAUGUAAUGCCGCCUUAUUAAAUAUGAAGGUGCAUCUGUAUUGGCACAGACUGUA